UCCAUUUCUUAAGCUAUUGCGGAAUAAAUUAAUAAAGGAGUUUCAAAUUCGUUUCGUUACUCGCAUUUUGAUCUGAUUAGUUGAGCAAUAAGUUAAGAUUCUGUAAGGAUGUCGGCUUAUAAUAGUGGAACCACGCAAAAAUGCAAGGCUUGUGACAAAACCGUUUACAUUGCGGAGAUGGUAGCUCCCGGUGGCGUUCCUUAUCACAACACUUGUUUCAGGUGCACCCACUGCAACGGACGGCUAUCGUUGAGCAAUUAUUCCUCCAUGGAAGGAGUGUUGUAUUGUAAGCCUCAUUUUGAACAAAUCCUUAAAGAGAAAGGGGUCUCUGUAAGGUCUCAAUCAUUUGGGAAGCAACCCGAACUGACAAGGACCCCUAGCAAACUAUCUUCUAUGUUUUCUGGCACCCAAGAAAAGUGUGCAGCCUGCAAGAAAACUGUUUACCCCUUGGAGAAGGUGACGGUGGACGGAGAUUUCUAUCACCAGAACUGCUUCAAGUGCGCCCAUGGAGGGUGCAAGCUCACAACCUCAUCCUACGCUGCACUGGACGGCCUACUCUACUGCAAGCCCCACUUCUCUCAGCUCUUCAAGGAGAAGGGCUGUUACAAUCAUCUCACCAAGAGCACCUCCAGGAAGAACAGCGGAGCUCUGCUAGCCGCCGACGCUGAGCCCGGGCACAAGACGGGCUCGCCGCGCGGUGCUGCCGUGGGCGCCGGCGCCGAUCAAUGAAAACCAUAAAUACAUACAAACUGAAUUGUGCAAAUUGCCUGCCGAAAAGCAAUAUUGCGUUUUCAAUGUCUCAAAUUAUAAGUAGCUUAGCAUACAUACUCUUGAAGAGUUGAAGAAGACACUCUAUAAUGCCUUUUUAUUUUUAUGUUUUUUUUCCCUUGGAGAAAAUUGUUUAUAUUAUUUUUUGUGUAUAAUUAAUUAAUAGAUAGAGUCAAAAUGCUUGUUAUGUGUUUGAUGAAAUUCCUUCAUAGACACAAUUCUCUU